CGCCCAACUUUUUUUUUCUCCCCCCCCCCCCGUGUGUUUGCGCAGUUUCGCGUGUUCUGGAUGAAGCGAAACGCGCCGUUUGAAUUCUCCACGCUCGUUUAGCAAAGUCGGCGGAAAUACCAGAGCCGGGCCCGCAGCACGUCGCCGUUUUUCCACACGUCUCAUGCGCGGUCCACUCGCCGCUGCGGGGGGAAAGUUGUGGACGUUUCCUCCCCCUGCACCCCACCCCGCCGAGGCGCACGGUGUCACGGAUACAGCGUGCCACAUUGUAACUGCAGCGUUAAUGAGCCUCUCCAGCACGUCUUGAUUUUUUUGUAUUUUUUUUUGUUGUUGUUGUUGGAUUAUGUGCUCGUGGGAUUGUGAGGCACACGCCCGUUCGCCAUAUUGUGCGCAGUGAAACUCGAGUGAAAACUUGUCCCCGAGUUAUGACAUUUCGACGCGCGCGCAACCCCUUCAUGGAGCUGCAUGCAGUCGACUUUGAUCGGAACCAAAGUGACUCCAUGGAGCUGGCCAUGGAGAGUUCCGUGCACCAUUGAUAAGGUAGCGCAAACAACCCACACACUGUGUUUCGCUUAUUGCUCGCCCUUCCGCCGUGUUGCCUAACAGCUCUUCAGACGCUUCCUUAUUGCUGUUGUGUGUGUGUGUGUGUGUUUUUUUAACAUAACCCGACUGGAUAUCGCCCUGGUGGUUACACGAGCCCCCUUCGUUUCCUGUAUUUCUUGUUAUGCCAAAUGGCAGCUACACAGUAAGCGCCUCCUCGUCGCCGUUUUUUUUGUUUUUUUUGUUUUAAAUAAAUAAAACUUCUCUCGGGUGUCUUCGCCGUCCCGUCCGCAUGCACUCGGACGUAAACGUCCGGCCCCGUAACGAGGAUGAGAAGAAAGGACGGCAAACCUCAGAUUUGAUUCUGGAAGGAGGUUGCAUGCUCUCCCCCCCCCUUCCCCACCCUGCACUUUCCUUUUUGGGGGGAUUUUGUAUUUCCUCCCAAAUACCUCUUUGUGUACACAGUUGAACAAACAAUUCCUUCAAUCUCAGGCAUUGAAAAAGCACACUACAGAGGCAGUGACACUUCGCCCGCUCAGAGAUCAAGAUUGCGAGUUGUGACUCCCACACAUUGCCGUAUGUUACUAUGAGUCUUCCUCCUCAAGUUAAUGCUGACAAGAGCGGCAAGCAUCGCGCCGCGGCCAUGAAAGAGCCCGUGCAGCAUUCAGGAGAGGUUUAUUAUGCUAUGGGACCUCCGGCGUUAGAGUCGAGCCACAGUGACUCUGCCAGCGGUUCUGGUGUUUACAACCCCGAGAAAGGGCCUCAAAGUCUACCGCACUAUCAACAGGCUGCUCCAGUAAAGUGGAUGCACCAGGACUCCGCGCAGGCCCCCGGCUGGUCUCAGGAAGCUCCUGUUCAAGCCUGGGGCCAGAACUUUGGCCCCUACAUGGGCGGGGUGAACGUCAGGGGUCAAAUGGCCUUCCACAAAGGAGUCCAUGAGGGUGUAGCUCUGCCAAUGGGGGGAGAAAAUCAACUCCCGGGACCCGUUGAGGUUUACAGAGAUGCCCCCCAGGCUCCGGCUCAGGGGAGGGGGCUCGAGUGGGAUCAGCACACUGCGGCUGCGAUGCACCAGGCUCAGCUGCAGGCUUACCAACACGCCCACAAAGGCGUGGAGCUUCAGGGUCAGACCCACGCACCUCCUCACACUUUGCAGGGGUCCAUGCUGCAGCCCUUCCAGGCAACAUUUAGGCCCAGCAAGCAACAGUUUUCAUCAGGUUAUUACUCUGUUUUUCCAGGCAACAAGGGAAUGCCGAAUCUGGCGUACGCCGAGCAGCCUAAAACUCAACAGCAGCAGCAGCAGCUGCUACAACAGAUGCAGCAGCAGCAGCAAAUGCAUCACCAUCACCACCAGCAACAGCAACAGCAACAUCAGCUGCAGCAGCAGCAACAGCAGCAGCAGCAGCAGCAGCAGCAUCACAUUCAAUUGCAACAGCAGCAACAUUUGCAGCAACAUCAGCACCAACUCCAACGGCGUCAAAUGCUGCAGCAAAUGCAGCAACAAUAUCACCAGCAACAGAUACAGGAGCAACAGCAACAAAUACAGCAAAUGCAUCAGCAGCAAGUGCAACAACAAAAUGUGCCACAGCUAGAAGCGGCACAACUACACGCGCAACCAAAACCGCAACAAACAGCAAACUUUGUAACUUCUCCCCCUCCCGAGCACACCCCGCCCGUUGCCGCUCCUAACAAGGAGGACGUCCAGUCGCUGGAGAUGCCGCAGGAGCCAGCGGCUCAAACGUGCGACGCGACCGUCGCAAGUGAUCCGUGCGCUGAAAAGCUCACCCCAAAUCCAGAGGAGCCCUCGGAUGCACAGGCUGCCCCUCGGCGUUCACGCCGCCUCUCCAGAGAAGGACAGUCCCCGCUGGGACCCCCUUCGACCAACAUCUGGUCUCAAGCGUCCAAGGAUCCUCCGUCAUCCCUGAACGGAGCAGCGGGCCCGCAGGCUGCUAAAGGAGGGGAAGUGACAACGGGAGGGGUCAUCCGUCGGAGAAGGAGGGCGUCUAAGGAGAUCAACUUGGAGACUUUAGCCCAGAAGGCAUCAGAAAUGGAGUCCCUGCCGGCAAAUAUGGUCAAGCAGGAGGACGGUUCCUCGGGCCGACAGGCCUCCAUGGUGCCGUUGGUCAUCCCCGUGUCGGUGCCGGUGCACAGGAGUCAAGCGGAUCCUCACGGGGGCUGGACUCCGGGACGACUCGGCGAGCGGCCUGCGGGGCCGUCUGAUCACAAACCUUCUGUCAUCGUGGCUCGUCGGCGAUCACUCAGAAACUCCAUGGCCGAGUGUUUUGGUCUGGAUGGGGAUGGGGAAAGCGACCCGGGCCUGGAUGAGGAUGGAAAAUCCAAAUUUAAGCGCCGACCCCGACCAGAGCCUCUCAUCAUCCCGCCGCACAAACCAUCCACCUUCAUCCCGCCGUCCCUCUACUCCAGCAUCUCCUCCUACCAGAGCAACCUGCGCUCCCCCGUCCGCCUGCCAGACAACCCCCUCGCCAUGCCCCCGUACACGCCUCCGCCCAUCCUGUCCCCCGUGCGCGAGGGCUCGGGCCUCUACUUCUCCGCCUUCCUGACCAACAUCGCCGUGAGCAACCAAAUCCUGCCCCCCCCACCUACGCCCAAAUCCGCGACCCGCAGUCUGUUGCGCUCGGCGAGUUCAGAUAUCACACCUCCUCUUCUGCCCUUGAUGACCGAUGCCACGCCUGCUAGCCUUGAGCCACGUAUCAACAUCGGGCAGCAUUACCAGGCGGCAAUUCCGGAAUUAGAGGAUCGUUCUUCCUCCCAGUCGGCCCAGGACAAGGCUGACUUGGUUUGGCGCCCUAUGGACGACUCCCACCUAAAACACGUGGACGAUAUGAUGAACAUGGCUUGUUGCAGUGUGCUGAGGGGCGGAGGAACCAACCAGGAGCUGGUUUCACACUGUUUACAUGAAUGUGGAGGAGACUUCCUCGAAACACUGGAACGUUUGAUGCUUCAGGACCCAGUUUUCCCCAAAGAUCAUCCCCUGGCAGGUUAUCACUACUCAGGCUCUGAUUGCUGGACUGCGGAAGAAAAGUGCUACUUCAACAAGGGGAUCUCUGCCUACAGGAAGGACUUCUUUAUGGUGCAGAAAUUGGUGCAGACAAAGACUGUUGCUCAGUGUGUGGAAUUUUACUACACAUACAAGAAGCAGGUGAAAAUCGGUCGCAAUGGGAUUUUAACCUACGGCCCUCCAGAGUCUCCUCUGGAGAAGCACACGGAGGUUCUGGUGGAUGUUAAGAAUUCACAGCGGACAAAAUGUAUUCAAGGCGACGCUGAUGACAAUAAGAGGGAUGUUUCCUACGACAGCAGCCAUCAGGCGACGGUUGCUCGGUCACUACAGGCUCAUGACUACGCAGGAACAGUGCUGGUGAUCAAAGAACCAGAGCCGGUGAACAAGGAGGUUCUCCACCCGUCUGCACCUCAUAGGCCUCCAGCCGAGCCCGCAGCAAAGAAGAGCAGAGCGCCAGCGAAGCCGCCGCCGGACCCCGACGCAGUAUUUCCAUGCAAGAAAUGUGGCAGGGUGUUUUAUAAAGUGAAGAGUCGAAGUGCCCACAUGAAGAGUCAUGCGGAGCAGGAGAAGAAGGCGGCAGCGCUGCGUCAGAAAGAAGAGGACGAGCAGGCAGCUGCCGACGCUCGGGUCAGGAAGGCGGCUGCGGCAGUGGCUGCGGCGGCAGAGGCAGCUAAUCGGGGAGGAAAUGGCAUCGGAGAGUCGGAGGAGCCAGAUCUCAGCAGCCAGGAAGACUCGUCUGAGGGAGAGGAUGACAAGGAUGAAGACUGGCACUGAGGGACACACACAUCUGGAGAGAAACCUAUUGGAAGAGGGAUUGAUGGGUGGAGAUGGAGGUUGAAUCGGAAGGGGGGAGGAAAAGUAAUAACAACAACAACAACAACGUCCCGCCUCACAGAGAGCAGAAUAAAGUCCCCCUACUCUGAGUGACCGUAAUCCACCAGCCAGCCAGUCACACUCCACAUCGACAUUUUGUGUCUUUUAAAAUAUUCAGAGGAUGUUUAUUUUUUGUAAAUGCACUUAUCCCAUAUGCUUCUGCUUUUGCCAAUAUUGCCUUUUUAUAUCCAUUAUUUAAUUGAAUUUAAUGUCAAAAUAUUAUACAUUUUCAUGGUGUGGACUUAAUGGUUAUAUGAUGUUUCACAAGAUAAUCAGAAUGCCUGUUGAGCAACAAAUCAAGAUCAAAGCUAUCUUUCACUAAACAGUAUCACCCCUUACAAUAAAGAUUGAGUAAGAGCUUAUAUUUAUCUUUUUCUGAGGAAAAUGUGAUUGUGCAGAAUUUCCCCCAGAUUUUUAGGUUGGUUGUACAUUUAUUUUGUACAACUGAGGGAUCCUUUGAAAUGAAUAUGUACAAACGUUAUAUAUGAGAUGGCCAUAUAUUUAUGAUACUGCAUUUGUUUUACAAUGAUUUUGGUAAUAUAAAAACUAAUCAUGUCAGCUGCAAUAAGACUUGUGGAUUGAAAAGUUUAUUAAAAUCUAUUGUUCA